AUGAUUAGAGGGUACUGUGACAGAAAACGAUCUUAUUGUGAAGUAGCCAACUUGCUCAAUAAUACUUUCCCAAACCGUUCUCCUAUUCAUAAGACGACGGUACAAAAAACUGUACAGCGAUUUAAAGAAUCUGGAGAAGUAAAAGAUAGAUACAAAUCAGGUAGACCGAAAAGAGUUAUGAGUGACAACAAAGCUUUAGAUAUAAUCCAAAGUUUUGUUGAAGAACCACAUACAUCCUCACGCAAGGUUGCACAAGUACAUGAUGUUGGUCGUUCUUCAGUCUUAUGUGUAUUACGUAAGAAUAAAUUUAAACCCUACAAAGUUAACUUAUUGUAA